AUGGCGAAUCCCAACUAUACAGCAGCUAAGCCAGGAGACUUCUUUUGUCCCAGUGGAGGUACUUGGUAUGCGUGCGAGACGGGAACGAAGUUUCUUGGGUGCUGUAUGUCGGAUCCGUGCGUGCAUGGCUGCUUCGGUGACAUGCUACGGCCGGCAGGUCGCUCUUCAUCACUAUAUAACCUAUCACCCGGCGGAUCGUGUGGUGGUAACACACCCAUGUGGACUUGUAACAUGGCGCCAACGUUCUGGGGAUGCUGCAACGAGGAUCCGUGUAUGAACAAUUCGACAUGUCCGGAAGGAGAACUUGAACCGUCGUUCUGGGAUCGACCUGAUCAGUAUCACUACUUUCAUGAUCUUAACAUUGCACUCUCAUCCUCUUUCCCUGCACCUACGGCACUUUCGACCGCCAGCAGUAUAUCUCCAGCGCCUAGUGACACGUCUACGAUCACAGCUGCCGCCAGUCCCAGUGGAACCUCUAGUGCGGUCAUCGGAGGUGCUGUAGGAGGCUCACUCGCUUUGCUGAUUAUCAUCGCAGCGAUCAUAUUCUUCUUGUGGCGUCGGCGGCGUAACCAAAAGAAAAAGAGUACCGAGACAGAGGCGGCAAACACCUUGGUGAUACCAAAGGCAGAACUGGCAUCGCCCACUACACCUUCAGGUUUCUCACCACCUCCGACAUACUCUUGGGACCAUUCUGGCCAAAACUCACAACAGAAAUGGGCUCAUUACCACACGGGCCGUCAGGAACUGGGAGGAGACACGACAAGAGCUGAGCUUUACUCGCCAUCUACCAACAAGCCUGCUGAGCUUCCUGGAAGUCCAGAGACACGGGAACUUGAGUCACCACAGAACACUCCAGAAGUAGUACAGGGUGCAUUCGCUCACGACACGACGAAGCAGCAAGCACAUGGCUUGGGUGUCAGUAUAGCAGAGACUGCACGGUUGAAUGCGCAAACGUAG